AUGAAUCCCGUUGUACUGUUCUGUCAUUCCUCGUCAACUGGGAGCCUUAACAUCACUUCAAAUCCUCCCGGACGCCGCCGUUUUGGCCGUCCGCCCAGCUGCUCUUCAUCUCUCGAGCUUCGUCGAUUGCUCGAUUUGUCUACUUCUAGACUUAGUGACAGACAUCUUAGCGAAGUUGAUCCCUAUCUUGUAGGUAGAGACACCCACGACUCGAAAAUCAAUUUUAAAAAGUUUGAACAGGAUAAAAUUUCAGUAAAGGAAGAAGAUGAGGAAGAGGCAGAUGCUGGAGAGGAUACUGACUUUAAAGUGAAAAAUGAUAAGGGGAAUAAUGAAGAAAAAGGAGUUGAAGAUCAAGAGGAUGAAAAUAGUAUGUCUUCCAGUGUAGAGUCUUGUCAAUCUGAUCGAGUUGACACGGCCCGAGCUUCAAGCGGCCUUGCCUCAGAUACACAACUUGAAGGCAAACGGCAGCGGCGACUUCGAUCUCCGGCGGCCAACUUUUUCGCUACUAAAUAUCGAUUGCCUAGGAAACGAGCUGGCAGGCGCCGUGGCCAUGCAAAUUCAUAUUUGUCUACCGAAGGGCUUAGGGAUAGUGCUCAUAUUGCUUCAUCCGUGGGCAGGCCCGCCCUUUUUACUGGGGGCCAGCGACGCCGCUCCAGUGGCUCUAGCCUAAAGCCAUUGUGCGCAUUUGGGCUGGGCAGACGUAGUCGGGGAAGGCGAAGUGGGUAUUUGUUAUCGAGUCGUGGUGCCUUUAAUCGCGAAGCGGACAAUACAUAUACCUAUAGGCGGGGUGUUGGUCGACUCGGUGGCCUAGGAAUUAGGAUUAGGCGUAGAGGAAGAGGUGGCAGUGGUCUCGGGCUGCGCUACGUAGGACCAGAAGAGGAUGAGGAAGAAGACGUUGAGGGUAUGAGAAAGAAGCCAGUGUCCACUGGUGAGGAUAGUGAGAGCGAAGGCAACAUCAGCCCAAUUGAUGCUGAAGAUGAGAGCAAUGAGGAAAAUGAUGCCGAAGGAGAUGGGAGCACAGAAGCCGAUGCUGAUGGUGAAGAUGUGGAAGAAGCGCAAGAAGAAGCUUGUGCGGUCGGAAGACUUUGUAGAUUCCCAAUUCGACAGUCCACUGGAGCAGGCUCGGUCAAAUGGAUUGCGUGUGACCACUGUGAACAAUGGUAUCACCAGCUCUGCGUUAAUAUCAAGCAUAAAAGUCAGGUGAAUGUCGGCAUCAUUAUUCUUAUUUUUUUAAAUUAA